AUGGUCUUAGACAAAGCACAGUUGAGUGUGGACGAUGGUAUGAUGACGAAAAGCUUCGUUGAGAUCAAUCCUGCUGCCAACACUGCUACUGACACGUCAACUCCCCAAACAGAACUAAAGGCAGAGGCACCUGAGCAACCAGACCCCUCCAGGAUAGAGGUGGUUUCAGUGACGGAAGAAGAUCUCCCCACUGUUGAGACCCCCAAUACACUGAACGUCAGCCCACUGGGUAGUUUUGCUGCUGACGCCCAGUCAGUGAACGACUCUGCCAAACCUGAGGAGCCCCGACCUCCGGCUGCAUCCAGCCCGACCAUGCCAAUAACCAAGGUGCAGCCAUUUAUCCACGGUGAGACCCUCUGGAAGAACAGAUUGAUGGCCCACCGCUUUGAGCUGCUAAUGGCUCUGUGCCUCAUCGUGGUGGUCAUUCUGGCUCUCAGCAUCGGCCUUGGAGUCGGUUUAAGCUGUGUGGGGAAGUUUCGUUGUGGCUCAUCUUCUAAAUGUAUCCGCCCUUCGGCUCAGUGUGAUGGACAGGUGCACUGUGAUAACGGUGAAGACGAGCUCGGCUGUGUGCGUCUGAGUGGGAGGAGCUCGGUGCUGCAGGUCCAGAGAGGGGGAGUAUGGAGGACAGUGUGCUCAGAGGGCUGGAACAACUGGCUGGGAGUCUCUGCCUGCAGGCAGCUGGGAUACUCCAGGUAUGUGGAGUCUUUCUUCAUCUCUCUGACCUCCAUUGAGCAGGACCUUCAGUACAACCUGGUGUCCAUGAACUUGAGCCAGUCACAGAUCAUUAAGCUGCAGAACACCACAACCUUCAGUAAGACUCAAUGCAGCUCAGGGAAGGUGACCACUCUGAAAUGUCUGGAGUGCGGCUCCAGGCCCCAGUACAACACUCGUAUUGUUGGAGGUAACAUAUCCAGGCCGGGUCAGUUCCCCUGGCAGGUCAGCCUCCACUACGGCAGUGAACCAGUCCACCUGUGUGGAGGCUCCAUCAUAACAUCACGCUGGGUCCUCACUGCAGCACACUGUGUGUUUGGGUUUGCAGACCCCUCCAUGUGGGCGGUCCACGUGGGGCUGACAGAGCAGCCGGUCCAUGGGGCUCAGUCCCUGGCUGUGGAGCAGAUCAUAUACCACGCUCGCUACAGGUCCAAAGGACUGGACUAUGAUAUCGCACUGAUGAAACUGGCCACGUCACUUACUUUCAAUGGCAUUGUGGAGCCCAUCUGCCUGCCUAACUAUGGAGAGGAGUUUGAGGAGGGAACUAUGUGCUGGAUAUCUGGAUGGGGAGCAACUGAGGAUGAAGGGGAGACCAGUGUGGUUCUGCACUCGGCCAUGGUGCCUCUCAUCUCCACUAAAACAUGCAACCAGCCAGAGGUUUACAGGGGCUUGAUCUCCUCCUGGAUGAUCUGUGCAGGAUACCUGGAGGGAGGAACUGACUCUUGUCAGGGGGACAGUGGAGGUCCUCUGGCCUGCGAGCACUCGUCUGUAUGGAAGCUAGUUGGUGCGACCAGCUGGGGAAUGGGCUGCGCUCUGAGGAACAAACCAGGCGUUUACACGCGUAUCACACGGUCGCUCAGCUGGAUCCGCCAACAGAUGGAGAGAGAAGAGGCCCACGAUUCUCCAACUAGAAGCACAGAUAACUAAAGCACCCAGUUACUUCUCACAGGAUUCUGUUUGAAUGUUUCCACAUUCGACAAAAAAAAAAGAGAAAAUUAUAGAGACAAACUAUCACUGCAGAAUGGCAGAGCCGUUGUUCAACACAAAUGCUGUUUGGUGAUAAAGCUGACGGAGCAGAGAGACAG